AUGCUACAGGAUCUGCUGACAGGAGUGGAGAAGACCAGUCUGAUACUUGUAACAGAUAAUGCAUUGUGCCCAGGCAGACAUCUGCUGCUGAACUGGAUUGAUCAUCUGGGAACUAGAUGUGAUAAACUAAUCCUGGUGUGUUUUGAGCGACACCCGGACUUUUUCAAGAACUGGCUGCCACUAGAUGUUCAGAAAAAGAUGACCCUUAUUGAUGGAAGAAAAACAGCAGAUAUAGGAAGGACUAAUGUUGAUCUCAUGGCUGAUGUGACAAGUGAAGUAUCACGUACUGGAGGCAGUGUUGGGGUUGUGAUAGAUUCAGUUUCCAUGCUUCUUCUAGUCAAGUCGACUCCUAUCACAUGUUCUUUCCUCCACAACAUCGCCGCAGGAAGUCAAGUUACUCAAGUGGUUGCCUUAUUACACAGAGAUGUCCAUGAUCAGAACACUUGUAGACUUCUGGAACAUGUUGCCCCCACCGUUGUAGAGAUGGCCUCUACAGGAGGGGCUCAGUACACCUGCUGUAUUAGACACUGUCGACCCACUGGAAAAGUGUUAAAAUCUAGGGAAUACUUUUACACAGAUGAUAGCUUUCACAUCUACAACUUUGGCAGUGCUACAUCUCAGGACGGUUCAUCUCAGCACAAACCUCAGGAUGAUCUGACCAGCAAGCUGCCCUUCAAUUUGUCAUUAACAGAUGCUGAAAAGGAUGCUCGGAGUAAAGUGAAGCUGCCAUACCUUAAAGAUGGAAGUGGCGAUUCUGAAGCAUCAAGUGGAAGAAUUUUCUACCAGCCUGACGACGUAGACGACUUUGACGAAGAGGAUCCAGAUGAUGAUCUGGAUAUCUGA